UGACGUCAUCGUCCAGCGACGCAUCCCCUUCCGUGUUGGCAACGUGAUGGAGGUUUCUGCUCCUUCAAAUGUUUCUCUCCGAGAGUUUGGCUGCGAGCAGAGUUUACUUUCUCGGCCGGAUGGAUCUGCGUCUUUCGUUCAAGGGGACACGAGUGUGAUGGCUGGAGUUUAUGGACCUGCUGAAGUAAAGGUCAGUAAGGAGAUCUACGACCGAGCAACUCUGGAGGUGCUGGUUCAGCCCAAAGUUGGUCUGCCGAGUGUGAGGGAGCGCUCGCAGGAGCAGUGUGUGCGUGAAACCUGCGAGGAGGCGCUGCUGCUCACCCUCCACCCUCGAUCUUCGCUCACGCUGGUCCUCCAGGUGCUGCACGACGACGGCUCUCUCCUGUCCUGCUGCCUGAAUGCAGCCUGCAUGGCCCUCAUGGACGCAGGUCUGCCGAUGAGCUGCCUCUUCUGCGGCGUGACCUGCGCCAUCAGCGCAUACGGGCAGAUCAUCACUGACCCCACCUCAGCUCAGGAAAAGGAGAGUCGAGCUUUGAUGACUUUUGCCAUCGACAGUAAAGAACGUAAAGUAAUGAUGUCAUCCACCAAAGGAUCCUUUUCCGUUCAUGAGCUGCAGCAGUGUGUAGCGGUCAGCCAGAGAGCCUCAGAGAGGAUCUUCCAGUUCUACAGAGACUCUGUGAGGCGGCGUUACUCCAAAUCCCUCUGAUGGAGACACACUUUUGCCCGUUUUGUUCUACAUUUUUGUACAACUCCUGAUGUAAUAAAUGUUAUCAUCCACACCA